UGUAACUUGUAGUAACUCCAACAUCUCAGCACCACUCGCCUUAGCCUUAUUUAGCCUUUUGACUGCUCUGAUCUCUGUUGCGACCGUCAGGAUCUGCAGACCUGCGGCCUCGAGUGCGUGGGCACCAUGUGCGCGGCCAAGUGCCAAGGUGCUGAGUGUGCCAAGGGGUGCCAGGGCGACUUCUGUGGAAAGGAAUGCAGUGGCAGCACAGGUGACAAGUCUCACUGCGCGGCUGGCUGUGUGGGCCGCCGCUGCGCUGCGAAGUGCAAAGGAGCUUAUUGCGCCGCCGGCUGCGAAGGAGUUGGCUGCGCCAACGGUUGCGAAGGUGACCAUUGCGAUCAAGGAUGCAAAGGCGAUCAUUGCUCCAAAGGAGCUGCGCCUGCAUCCACGUGUGAAGAGGCCUUGGCUGCCAACCCUGGGCUGUGUGGCCUCAAAUCCUCCUACAAGGAUGAGGUCCUUUUUGCCGGCGAAGAUGCCAAGGAUGUUUGCUGUAGCAAGACCGACUGCCCUGACGGGUAUGAGCUGGUGGACGGCUCCUGCGAGAAGCCCAAAUGCAAGGGCACGUUGGUGCAAGGUUGUUACCUCAGCAGUUACUCCGAGUGCGAGAGCACUUACAUCAAAUACGAGACGGAGUACAUCCAGUGCGGUGUGAGCGGUCCCAACUGCCUUUCAAACGCUGUUUGUAUCUUUGACGGAUGAGACGCUGGAUGAGGUGAACUCCAAUGAAUCCUCGACCGUGAAGCGAUCCCAUUUUUCCACCCACACUGAAGCGUCAGAGAUGGGAUAUCGACCGC